AUGGCUGAGGAUAGCAGCGCCCAGCAGGCGGAAAGCUCCUAUUUCACCCACGAGCCGCCACCAAAGGACCUCAAGACGAACACGACGCUUGCUCGGGAAUUCAUCAAUCGUCAUGCUGCCGACAAUCGUCGUGUUGUGCUUGUCACAUCAGGUGGUACCACAGUGCCUCUAGAGCAGCAGACAGUGCGCUUCAUCGACAACUUCUCUGCCGGCACACGUGGUGCUACCAGCGCCGAGUAUUUCUUGCAGAACGGUUACGCUGUAAUCUUUCUCCACCGCCAGUUCUCACUGCUACCGUACUCCCGGCAUUAUUCGCAUAACACGCGGUCUUUCCUCGACUACAUGAAGGAAGAAGAUGGACGUGUCGUUGUCGAUCAGCAGCACCAAGAGCAGAUGUUGCACGUGCUACGACAGUAUCAGGAGGCCAAGCGCGACAACAAGUUGCUCAUUCUGUCUUACGUCACCAUCACUGAGUACCUGUGGAACCUGCGCGAAGUUGCCCAACUGAUGCAGCCGCUGGGUCCAAAAGCCAUGUUCUACUUGGCUUCUGCUGUGUCCGACUUCUUUGUGCCCCAGGACCGCAUGGUCGAGCAUAAAAUUCAGUCUAAUGAGGAGUUUCUGCAAAGUGCUGAAGCCAGCGGCCACGGCAAGCCACCUGCUGCACGUACCGAGGGACGCAGUUUGGUCAUAGACUUGGAGCCAGUACCCAAGUUUCUAAAGCAGCUCGUGGAUGGGUGGGCACCUGAGGCGAUGAUCGUAAGCUUCAAACUCGAAACGGAUCCAUCUAUACUUGUCAAAAAGGCACAAUACGCGUUACAUAAAUACUCGCACCAUCUGGUUAUUGGGAAUCUGCUUCUUACUCGUAAGUGGGAGGUCGUUUUUGUGUCUGUACUCGAUGGCGAAAAAUGGAUCCGAGUGCCCUCAAGUCGCAGAGCCAAGAGCUUUUCUGGGAUACAUUCGCUCGUCGGCUCUGCAGAUCAAUUGGCGAAGAGCGAUGCGAUAGAGGCCGUCAGGUCGGCCAGCGAUCAGAGCGGUGUCCCACAAGGCGAACCAGCCGUCGAAAUCGAGUCUUUGAUCAUACCGGAGAUCGAGAGUAUGCAUACGCAGCUCAUAGAACAAGCUCAAGCAAGAACUGGGGCCUCAUGA